AUGGCGCGGGCCAAGGCUGCUUGGUGCGCGGCCCACACUUGCUGCACCCAUAGCAGCGUGCCCACGUACGGGUCGGCCGUGUCUGUGCUUGAAUGUGGUUCGGCCGUGCCUGUGGCCAGGUACAAGUCGUCCGUGCCUCUGCCCUGUUGCUCUUGUUGGCCAGUUUCUUUCAGAACUCCAUCACCUGCUGCUCCUGCUGCUGCUUCCGUCCUUGUUGCUGCUGCACUAGAAGCACCACCAGCAGAGGCAUCAGCAGCAGCAGCACCACCACCAGCAGCAGCAUCACCAGCAGCAGCAGCAGCAGCACCACCAGCAACAGCAGCAGUACCAGUAGAAGCACCAGCAGCAGCAGCAGCACCACCACCACCACCACCACCCGCAGAGGCACCAGCAGCAGCAGUAUCAGUAGAAGCACCAGCAGCAGCAGCAGCAGCAGCACCAGCACCAGCAGCAGCACCAGCAGCAGCACCACCAGCAGCAGCAGCAGCAGCAGCACCAGCAGCAGCAGCAGCGGGCACGGGGCGAGAGCCUCGCUUAGAGGGCACAAGGCGGGCGACCUUCCACCCCCCUGGUGGAGCCACGCGCACACGCCCCUUCAGGGGAGCAGGGGGGACAGCGCACGCUGCAGGGGCAGCAGCAGGAGGAGCGGGGGGAGCAGGAGGAGCAGGAGCAGGAGAAGAAACCAGAGGAGAAACGGCAGCAGGAGUAGGCGCAGCAGAGACAGGUUUGGGUGAUGGGGGCACGAGAGGAGAUGGGGUGACGCAAGGAGCAGGUAUGACCGGCACGCCUGUUCCUUGCCCCAAUGCCUUUUGCCUCUUCUUCUUCACUCCCACUUUCCCACUACUCAUCUUCACUCGCUUUUCCCCUUUGCCUGUCGCCUUUGCUCCUGCACUCCCUGUCCGCUCCCCCACCCCCAUCCUCGCACUCUUAUUUUCCCCCUCAUUCUCCCUCUCCUUCCUCCUCUCAUGCCUCCACCCAUCCUUCCAACCCCCUUCCUCUCCCCCCUCCUCACCCUCCCCCUCCUCCUCACGCCCCUCCUUCCCCUCACUCCCCUCCUCCUCUUCCUCCUUGUUCCCCAACUGCUUUCUCCUCCUUUUCUUCCCACCCAAUGUCACCUCCUUCCCAUCACCCGCUACCAAUGCACCCCUCGCCCGCCUCUUCACUCUCCUCUUCCUUCUUUUCAUCAUUAUUACCAUCACCAUCGCAAUCACCUCUUCUUUUGACCUCCCCCUCCUCUCCUCCUUCCUCCCUAGCUUUCUCUUUCAUCUCCUCACCCCCCAUCUCCUUCCGUCCUUUCUUUUCCUCAUCUUCCUUCUCCUUCUCCUUCUCCUUCUCCUUCUCCUUCUCCUUCUCCUUCUCCUUCUCCUUCUCCUUCUCCUUUUCCUUCUCCUUCUCCUUCUCCUCCUCCUCUUUCCGUCCCAUACGCUCCUUCUCCUCUUUCUUUCUCCCACUCUCCUUGUCAUUUUGGUCAGGCUCCACCCUUUUCCCCUCCAUCCCCUGACGUCCAACCUUGCUCCCUAUAAUCUCUUCCUCCCCCCCACUCUCCUCACUACUACUCCCCCUCACUCGCCUCCUCCUCUUCCUCAUCUUCCCUCUCCAACGACCUUCCCCUCCCACGCCCACUCCCUCCCCGCCCCCCUCUCCCUCCUCUCCCCCUCCCCCCCCCCUCCCCCUUCCCCUCCUUCCACCCACCCUACCACCACCACGAACCCCCCCCCCCGUUCCACCCUCACACCCCUUCCCCUACCCCUCCCUCCCCUCCCUCCCCUCCCCCUCCCUCCUCUUCCUGAGGGCUCGAUCAUAACGACAUCCUCCCCUCCCUCCUCCUCCUCCCCCUCUGAAACGUUUCCACUCCCUUUUCCCUUCUCCUGCAUUUUUCCUCGGCCUCCUUUCGUCGCUCUCGCUCCUUCUCCUUCUCCUUCUCCUUCUCCUUCUCCUUCUCCUUCUCCUUCUCCUUCUCCUUCUCCUUCUCCUUCUCCUUCUCCUUCUCCUUCUCCUUCUCCUUCCCCUUUUCCUUCACCUUUUCCUUCUCCUCCUUUUCCUUCUCCUUCCCCCUUUCCUUCUCCUUUUCCUUCUCCUCCUCCUUCUCCCUUUCCUUCCCCUUCUUUUCUCCUCCCUGCUACAGCCGAGCCAGCUAAGACUGCUGCAACAGGAGGAGCGAUUGGCACCAAGGAAACUGCUGUGCUGCCACACUCCUUUCCCUUCUCACUCUCCUUCCCCUUCUCACACUUCUUCCCGUUCUCACUUUCCUUCCCCUUCUCACACUCAUUCCCCUUCACACCCCCCUUCCCCGUCCCAACCUCCUUCCCCUUCACACCCUCCUUCCCCGUCCCCACCUCCUUCCCCGUCCCCACCUCAUUCCCCUUCUCACCCUCUUUCCCCUUUUCACCCUCUUUCCCCGUUUCACCCUCCUUCCCCGUCUCACCCUCCUUCCCCUUCUCACCCUCCUUCCCCUUCUCACACUCCUUCCUCUUUUCACCCUCCUUCCUCUUCUCACCCACCUUCCUCUUUUCACCCUCCUUCCCCUUCGCAGUUGACUGA